AUGUUGGUGGAGACGAUAACAUCGGACUCUCUGGCCAAUGCGUCGGAUAUGAGCGGCAGAUUAUCGGACGUGGAGUUUGCUGUUGGAUUUAUAAGACUGGAGCCCGACUGGUUAGCGCCCAAGGAGUAUAAUGAUGGAAUUAAAGAGGUGAUGGAGGUUGUGGACAAGGAGAUCAUUCUAUUGGCAAUGAAGGGCGAGGAAGGUGCAGGAACGGGUGGAGGCGGUACCAGAAGAGAGUUUGUUGUAAGGAUAGACUGCGGCUGCGGUGAGAGGAUUUCUCGCGAGCGACCGUUGGUCGAAUCCUGCUGA